AUGCUGAUUCUCCUGUGUGCUGCUGCAUGUCUCGCCGAGGCGUGCGGGACAGGACCUGCAUGUGUUAACGGAGACUGCGCCUACGGGGACGGAGCACACUUCUGCCAGUGCAGGCGGGGCUGGGCGGGGGCUGCGUGCGACGCCCCCCGUGCAGGGUUCCGCAGGGUAACUACUAAUACUGGCAAGGCAUCCACAGACAGGGCCGUCAACUACGCUUGCCUCGUGAACGGGACGGAGUGCACAGAGUCGAACAAGUGCACCUACUACGCGGGGGCGUACUCGUGCGACCCCUGUCCUGCUGGCUUCGUGUCUUACGAGGACGAGUGCCUGCCGAGGGGCUGCUUCAACACAGGUGACCUCUCAGGACAGGAGGCAACGAAGGCCCCCUGCAACGGCCGCGGCCGCUGCCUCCUGAAGGACCCCGGGCUGGCCGGGCUGAGUGCUGACGACUACGCGUGCGACUGCUACCCGAUCUACCGCGGGGGCCUCUGCCAGUCGUGCGACGACGCCAACGCGAUCGCUGUGGAAAGCUCUUCGUCUGACGCCCUCCCUACGUGCAAUGCGCGGGCCUGCCAGGACUCGGAUGGCAUCGUGUGCUCAGGCCAGGGAACGUGCACCCUCGACGUGGGCCUCGAUCGCGAAUCGUACCGCUACCGCUGCAAGUGCAAUGAUGGCUACACACGCGUUGGGCACAGGUGCGUCAAGACGGAGUGCGUGGCCACGAUCGACGGGUCCCCGGUCGUCUGCGGGGGCUUUGGAAAAUGUAUAGAAGAGGGCGACGGUGCCCCCAAGUGUGCCUGCGACCCAGAUGCAGUCCAGGUCGAUAAGUUCUGUACCUCUCCUACAUGCACGACCGAAACCCCUGCGAAAAUAUGUGGCGGAGUGGGCGCCUGUGUGCGUGACGGCGCUGGUUAUAGCUGCGAUUGCCGAGGGCUUGCCACAGGAAACUUAUGUGAAAACUGUGUUCCAGAGAAGUCUGAGAGUAUAGACGGCACCUGUGUUCCAGUGGGGUGUCUUACUUCCAACAAACAGAGCUCAUGUACGAAUAAAGGAGUCUGCGUCAAGUCCGACGGCGAGUACCACUGCCGCUGCCCGGACAUGCUCAUUGCCGUUGACGGAGAGUGCACGUCCCCCGCGUGCAUGGACGAGGAACUUGGGAAGGUCUGCUCGGGGCACGGCACGUGCAAGACGGACGACCCACGAGACAUAAAGUGUACUUGCGAAGCUGAUUAUACCUACGUCGCCCCGGGGCGUUGCAUCUUGAGCACUUUGGUAGAUAGCCCUGCCACGGUUUGCAGCGAUCAUGGACGCAUUGUCGUUAGUGCUGAGGCUCCUGAUACGAUGACGUGCCAGUGUUCGCCUAUCUACACAGGAGCUAAGUGCGCAGAAUGUGAUCAACAGAACGCGCAAGUGAUUGGCGAGAAAUGUAUUGCAAAGAAGUGCAUUGUGCAGCAACAGCCACCGGAUCCACAGCCCAGUCUGCGCACGGCUACUGCUCAGGAUAUCUGCGGGAACACAGGCACGUACACCACUUAUGGUGAUCCGAGCAAUCCGUUCAUCACAUGCGUCCCUAAAGAUGCUGAUAGUGGAAAUGUCUCCGCCUACAACGGCACCUUCUCUGCUAAACCUGGAUGUGUAUUUAUCAGUAAGAUAGACAAGACAAGAAGAUUCUUUUGUGGAUUCCUUGAGAAUAUAACAGAAAACCUGUCAACUGGUAACUUGCCUACGUGCGCUAAACCUUCCGAAAAACCCGAUCUGCCUGAAACAUGUACUCACUGUCCAACUGACUUUCACCUUGUACACUUUGGGGAAAACAAUAGCACAUGUAUGCACAAGAGUUGUCACGAUGGCAAAUCCAGUCAUAUGUGGUACAAUUACUGCGGCGGCGUGGGAGACUGUAUUCAGAAGAAGGAUAAAAGCGGAUACGAGUGUGAUUGUGGGACUGCUGCUAAAUGGGAUCCAAAUUUGAAGGCGUGUGUUACUGAUGCAUGCAAGCUCAACAAGAGUCUUGCUGGCCCCUAUGCACCAGACUACUGUAUUCCUCAGUCUACCUUUACACUCGAAUGCACUGUCGGACGGGACGCAACGUGGCAGUGUAAUUGCACUGGGGACUAUGUUACGUACAACAAGACGUGCAUUUCAAAGAGUAAGAACGCUGAUCCAAAGACUCAGCGAGCAAGGGGACUCUGUGGCGGCCCCGGGGCGGGAUAUAUAGACAGUACUGGAACCUGCGUCUGCAGCAAUGGCUUCCUCAAGAUCGGUGACAUGUGCUACAGCUACGACUGCCUGCCAGUUGGCAUAUCAGAUAACAUAAGGAAUCCGGAUAUCAACGUGCUUGUCUGCUCCGGAAAGGGGGUCUGCGCAUACAACCAGCUGACUGGCCGGUACGGCUGCGAGUGCAGCGACGGACUGGAGGCCUUCGGGGGCUACUGCACUCAUCCAGGAUGCGCCGGAAAGGUAAUGCAUAACGGAGAAAUUAAGUAUGUUGAGUGCAAAAUCUACGAUGGGACAACUGGAGAUUGUACAAACGAUAAGGGCACAUAUUCCUGCAAGUGUACUACUCCGUAUAGAUCUGUCAAUGGGAUCUGUGUUCAUCAGCGUUGCGUAUCGUAUGAUAACGUCUAUUGCGGAGGAGAUGUCCUGGCUGCAUGCGUGCAGGGGAGUAAUUACUAUUACGGGUGUGUCUGCUCCGAAGGCUAUGAGAGGGGCCAGCUCAAUUCGGAAUGCAUUCCAAGUAAGUGUGUUUACAGAAGGCUGCUGAGUGAUCCCACUAUUGCAUGCAAUGGGUUAGGAACAUGUGGCGGAGAAGGAUCUUUGUUGAAGAAUAGGCGGUGUGAGUGCAAGUCUGGUGCUAAGCUAGUCACACUUAGAGAUGUGAAUGGGGAGUUGAGAGAAACAUGUAUAUUAAGUGAGUGCAUUUCUAGUGAGGACGGAGUGGAACCGCCGAUUAUCUGUGGAGGACUAGGCAGUUGUGGGCCCACAGGAUGCGUAUGCGAUCUGGGGACAAAGUUAUUUAAAAGGGCUUGCUUUGGCAUCAACUGCUUUAUUAACACCGUAGAUGAUAGCGGACAACUUGUUGAGUCUGUGUGCGGUGGCGAGACCGUUGGGGUGUGCACAAAGAUAGCGUCGCACGGCGAUCGUCGAGACUACGCUUGUAAGUGCAAGGACCCGAAGCCUGACGAGUAUGAAGAACUUGAUGGGUUCUGUCUACCAAAAGCUUGCAUAUUUGAAAUCACAACCUUGACUAAUCAGCAGGUGAGGACGAUGUGCGGUGGAAAGCAGUUUGGAACAUGCGUUCUUAAUGCUACUCAAUCAUCCAAGUCAUACUGUAAGUGCAUAAAUCGAUAUGACAUUAUUCAAAUAACAAAUGGAAAGUGUAUGAAGAAAACCUGUCUUAGCGACUCUCUUUCUGGAGGUCCGGAGGGAUACGUUGAAUGUUCUGGACAUGGGAAGUGUAUAGGGGAUCAUAUUGUGGGGUACUCGUGCAAUUGUGACGAAAAUUAUCAAACGGUUGCAGACGAUCGCCGUUAUUUGUGCGUACCAGCUGUCUGUGUUGUAUCAGAGACAAAUUCCAGUACUAUAUGCAACGGAAGAGGGACCUGUCAGUUCAAGACAGACCCAGGAAAGUGCGAGUGUAGGCCUGGGUAUGAUGGUACCAAAUGUGAGACGUGUGCAAAUGGCUACAAGGAACACACAGAUGCACAGUGCUACCUCAAUGGCUGUCCGGCAGACAAUUGUGGCACGGAGGAAAAUACUAGCGUAGGGGCUUGCCAAUUUAGCGGAAACAGUUUUGCUUGCGUCUGCGUCAACUCGAGCUUCGUCGUUGACAGUGCUAGCAAGAAGUGCCGAAAAUCCAGAUGCGUUUGGUCGGAUCCAUACGAUCAGACAGAAAAAACGUGCUAUGGCAUGGGUACGUGCAAUGAUAACGGCGAGGACACUGGGGCGUGUGUUUGCAACCCCGGGACAACCCUAGUCGGGACAAACAUCUGUGUUUAUAGCCAGUGCAUCUCGGAUGGAAGCGACCCCAAAGCAAUAUGCAAGGGGCGCGGGACAUGCGUAGAGGGCCCUGUCGCCGGGACAGGACUGUGCAGAUGCAACAGCAGCAGAUACCGCACAGACAAGAAGACCGGCCAGUGCUUUGUCAAGGAGUGCUUCGGGGCACACGAGAGCAUCCUGGCCGAGGUCUGCGAUGGCGGUGGAACAUGCAGUGAAGACACUAAAAAGUGCAACUGUAGCGUAGACGGCUUCCAGAGCCUCGACGGCCAGAACGGCUGCGUGCACAGCAGCUGCGUCUCGUCGAACAACAAGCUUUGUAGCGGCUUUGGGGCCUGCGAGAAGACCGGCGACACCUACGGCUGCCUGUGCGCAAGUUACUAUACUCUGGUCGAUAAGGACUGCAUCCCCACAAGGUGUCUCAAGGACGGGAAAGUCUGCAACGGCGGCGGCACGUGCUCCGGCGAGGGAUCCUCUGCGACCUGUAGCUGCAACCAGGGCUGGGCUUCGCUGAAUAACCUCUGCUACCCGGCAGCCUGCGUUUCCAGUGGGACGCUCUGCGGGGGGAAUGGCAACUGUCCACUUUCCACAGAUAGUACAUGCGAGUGCAAGUAUGGGUAUGAAAGUGUUCUUGACCAGCUCUGCAUCAGCAGCCAGUGCGUCCAGCGCGGCACCGACGGCACCGUGACGAUCUGCGGGGGCAACGGCAAGUGCGUGUCUGAGAACGGCGUGACUCCCAGCUGCGUGUGCAACGAGGGCUUCUCUCUCACAAGCGACUUCGUCUGCGGAGUCCCUGCUCCAUCCAACAAGUCAUCAAGUACCAUAACGAUUGCAGUCGUGGUCGUCGUCCUCCUCGUCCUCGUUGCAGUGGCCGGCUUCCUCGUCUGGUGGUUCGUGAUACGGCCCAGGAAGAGCGGUGAGUUGAGGGAGCGCGCCCCGCGGAAAGGCCCUAGCUUUAGUGGCUCGCAAAAGCUCAAGAAGCAAGCAAGCUCCAAGGCGUCGCUCCACGCCACUGCGCCCCUACUGAGCCGGUCAUCUCAUGCCGGUUCUAGUGUCCAACUCUAG